AUGGGCGUGACAAAGGAGAUUCUAUCGGCAGGUACUGGGCCGACGCCCACCAAGGGCGCAUCUGUGACGGUGCAUUGUACGGGUUACGGUAAGAAUCGUGACCUGCAGGAAAAGUUCUGGAGCACCAAAGACCCUGGUCAGACGCCCUUUACGUUUAAUAUCGGACUCCAGCAAGUGAUCAAGGGAUGGGAUGAAGGUGUGCUGGGUAUGAAGCUCGGAGAGACGGCCCGACUUACGUGUACGCCUGACUAUGCGUACGGCGCGGGUGGUUUUCCGGCCUGGGGAUAUCCUUUUCAUAGUGAUAUUGAAUGUCUUUACACAUAUUAUUUCUGUACGAUUCAGCCCAACUCGGUGCUCAUUUUCGAGGUUGAACUGCUCAAGAUUGAGUAA